AUGGUCAACACACCCGCCAUCCGUCUAUACCGCCGGUCACUCAAGCUGGCCCUUGACUGGUCCGUCCACCGCUACCUCUGGCGCGGCCAGGCCAUGUACAUUCGCUCCCUCUUUGAAGCCAACGCCAACGUCCGCGAGCCCAGACAGCAGAGAGUGAGCUCCUCCCGUCCAUCACCACGCGCUUUCCUCCUCUGGACCACUCCAAUGCUGUCGCUACAAUACACUGGACCCUCGUUCGCUGACUGUUCUUUCUUUCUCCUCCCGCCAGNNAUCCUGUUCGACCAGACCGAAGAACUCCUCAAGCAGUGGAAGCACCCCGACCCAUACCGUCCUCCCACCGCUCCCGGCGGCAGCAAGUACGAGCGUAACUUGCCCUGCCCCAUCCUUGAGCCCCCUCCGCCAGGCUGCUAA